AUGUUUGGGGAGCUCAUCGCUCUCAACCGAUCAUCCCCUUCACCGCCCCAACCAAACUCCUCCAACCCCAAGUUCCCACGCUACCUUCUGCCUUCCUUGGCCUUUACCCUCCGUCGACGAAAACCUUCCUCUCCCACAGAGUAUCUAACAUUGCCAGACAAUCGUUCAUCCAAGCCAAAGAAUAGGCUUGGUCGGACUUCUCCCUCCCUCAUUCGCUGCCUGUCUUGCCGCUCCCAUCUUGCUUUUCACUCUCAGAUCGUAUCCAAAGGCUUCCAUGGACGCCACGGCAAAGCUGUUCUCGUUGCCCCGACCUGCCCCUCCUUUCACGAUGGCAGGAGCCCAGAACAGAGCUUCUCUUCGCCCAAUCUGGGUUUGAACAACAUCCGGCUGGGACCCACGGAAAAAAGGCAACUGGCCACUGGUCCUCACGAAGUUGCCGAUAUCUUUUGCGCCAUAUGCGAGACAAAGUUGGGAUGGAAGUACGUCAAGGCGGAUGAACCGUCUCAAAAGUACAAGGUUGGAAAGUUCAUACUGGAGGUUGUGCGAGUGGUUGUGGAACAGGGACUAGAGUUUGAACCGCUGGAAAGGGUCAGUAGUGGAGAUAGGUCCGGGACCGAGGGUGUGGCAGGUGUCCUAUUUGACUCGGACGACGAGGAUGAGUGUGAGGAGCUGUUCAACGGCGUGUGGAACGCCGAGGAUGUUGCGGCAAGGCGAAGGGUGGAUGUAGGGCUGGAAAGAGGACACGAGUGA